AUGGCUGGGAGCAGGGGAUUGUGCGGGGCAAUGCGGGGUGCCCUCCCGGUUGCUGCCAGGGCUGGCACGAGGCAGCCAAGGGACCGCCGCCAUUCUCUCCUUGAGCUUCUCCAGUUCUCCAGCUUCUCCAAGCAGUUCCAAUUCUACAGCUUCUCCUCAUCAACCGGCGUAUGUUGCGCUGGUAGCAAUCUGCAGGAACCGCUGGGAGGUGCAGAGGUGCAUGCUUCAGCGAGGCGCAGCACCAGAAUGUUUGGUCAUGGCAACCUCUUUUUGUAUGGCUUCCACCGGAGGAUGGCAUCCGCAACCCUGCCAGCUUCUCGCAUCUUGUCGUCCCGAUCCAGUUCGCUCAUGCACCCUGUUAACGCCGUUGGGCAAGACUCGAUCGAUUCCAUCGCCACAACGUCGUUUCGAGCAACCCUCCAAGCCAGCCAAGCAUGCUCCCAAAAAUGGAAGCCGCCCAUCUGCACCCACGGAUAG